AUGCUUGGAGUGGUUUACUUGCUUCUCUAUAUUCCGACGAUUUACGCGAUUUUGAAGCUUCGUUUGACGAAAAACCCGUGUUAUCAGGUGGGUAAAAGAGGUUCUUGGAUGUUUGCCUCACCACUUUAUGUGAUUUUAGCCUUCAAUCGUUUCAUUGUGAUCACUGGAUGGGUGAAAGUGACUCACUAUGUUACGCGAAUCCCGAUCUAUUUUUGGCUUAUUUUGGCAAGUGCUUGGAGCUUCUACACAGGCGUCAUUCAUAAACCGCUCAUUUACAACUCGAAAUCUUUCCUCGCCUUCUACAUUCCAUUCAUUGAAGACCAACAAAUUGCCCUAGUCCAAGCCGCUUUUCUCACUUGUCCUGCAAUUAUUGGCUGUUUUCUCUACUUGUACAUUCAAUUCUCAAACAAGUCAACGGUUGGAUGGGCGAUUCUUGGGCAAUUUCUAUGGCAAACAAUUACUGGUCUGGGAGCAAUCAUCUACCUCACUUUGAAUCAAAGUGUUCGUGACUUUUAUUUCCAUCGCUCAGCCGUUUAUCAUGAUGGGAGCAGACAUUUUGAUAUUAGCAAAACGAGUGGAGAAAGAGAGCGAAAUGAGACAGGAAAUAGC